AUGAAUACUAAUACCAUUACAGUUCCUAAAGCAGAGCUCGAUUUUCAACUUUUGAAAAAGCUCGUACAAGCUUUUUUUGUUUGUAAAAAACAGGGGCAGUAUAAUGGUAAAAAAGAAAACGCAUAUACCACUAAGCGGACAGGUUGCCUGUUUGUUGUUGGGUUAAAUUAUCGCAAGCGUAUAAAAAAAUUUGUCAUAACAAAAUUAUGCUUGGAGCAUAAUUAUGAAAUUAAUCCAGAUUCUAGAAAGUUUAACAUAUAUGCAGUUUUAGCUUCUAUUAGCUCAAAGUAUGUACAUAAACAUGACAUCUAUAAUGCUAUUAGUUGUCAACGCCAACAAAAGUUGCAAGGGUUAAAUGAAAUCGAGUUGUUGCUCAAGACUUUGCAAAAUGAUGAAAACAUUAUGUCGAGCAUAGCAACUCAACCUGCAUAUAAUGACGAACGUGAUCAAGAUGGUUCGUUUAUGCGAGCAAUUUUCUGGGCUUACCGAAGUGCAGUCUUUGAAGAUUGUACCUAG